GUGUUGUUGCACGUGUUGUUCGAGCACGCGGCGGGCUACGCGCUGUUCGCCGUCAAAGAGGUGGAGGAGAUCGGCAUGCUGCUGCCUCAGGUUGAGGAGAGUGUGCUGAACAUCGGGAAAUUUAACAGCAUGGUGAGCCUGGCUGCAUUCUUUCCUUUUAAGUCAGCCCAGGCUGCCCUGGAGAACAUGAAUGCGAUUUCGGAAGGCAAGUUAUAUUAUUGGAGUGUGGUCCACGCUGAUCUGAAGCUCUUCCUUGAGACCAACCUUCCCCGAUCUGGGAAGAAGAAAGCUGUGUUGGGGGUUUCUGAUGCCAAAAUUGGAGCUGCUUUACAAGAAGAAUUUACUCUUUCUAUUCAGACUGGAGGGGUAGUGGCGGAGAUAACGAGAGGUGUGCGGUUGCACUUUCACUCCCUGGUUAAGGGUCUCACCGCCCAGGCUGCAUCCAAAGCUCAACUGGGUCUCGGCCACAGCUAUUCCAGGGCUAAAGUCAAGUUUAAUGUCAACAGGGUCGACAACAUGAUAAUCCAGUCCAUUGCUUUGUUGGAUCAGCUUGACAAAGACAUCAACACUUUCUCCAUGCGUGUCCGUGAAUGGUAUGGCUACCACUUUCCGGAGCUGAUCAAAAUUGUGCCUGACAACUUGAUGUACUGCCGCCUGGCUCAGCUCAUUGGCAACAGGAAGGAGCUGUCGGAGGAGAGUUUGGAGGGCUUGGAGGAGGUGGUGAUGGACGGGGCCAAGGCCCAGGCCAUUCUGGAGGCGUCACGCUCCUCUAUGGGUAUGGAUAUUUCUCCUAUUGACCUGAUCAACAUUGAGCGGUUUUCGAAUCGUGUGGUGUCUCUGGCUGCCUAUCGGUUGGAGCUGCAGGAGUACCUGCGAUCCAAGAUGAGCCAGGUGGCCCCAAACCUGGCAGCCUUGAUUGGAGAAGUGGUCGGAGCUCGUCUGAUUUCCCAUGCUGGCAGUUUGACCAACCUGGCCAAGUACCCGGCCUCCACUGUCCAGAUCCUGGGAGCAGAGAAGGCCCUGUUCAGAGCCCUGAAGACGCGUGGCAACACCCCAAAGUACGGCCUCAUCUUCCACUCCACCUUUAUCGGUCGUGCUGCUGCCAAAAAUAAGGGACGCAUCUCCAGAUACCUGGCCAACAAGUGCACCAUCGCCUCGCGCAUCGACUGCUUCUCUGAGGUGCCUACGAGUGUGUUUGGGGACAAGCUGCGCGAACAGGUGGAAGAGCGCCUGUCUUUCUACGAGACGGGCGAUGUGCCGCGGAAGAACGUGGACGUCAUGAAAGAGGCUGUGAAAGAGGCGACAGACGUUGCAGCUGAGAUCAAACGCAAAGUAGACAAGAAGGAAAAGAAACGCAAGAAGAAGGAGAAGAAACUGCAAGAGCUCCAAGCAAAUGGAGACACAAACGGCAAAGCCGAGGUGGAGAAUGAAGAAGCAGAUGGGACAGUUGUAAAGAAGAAAAAGAAAAAGCAAGCUUCAGAGGAGAUGGAGGUCCAAGUGGAGGAGACUGCUGCGGCUGAGAAUGGAGCAAAGAAAAAGAGAAAAGCUGAGGCGGAAGUCCCGGAGGCCCCGGCAGAGGAAGCCACAGAUAAUGGAACAGAGGAAACUCCAGCAAAGAAAAAGAAGAAGCGACAGACUGAGAGCACAGAGGCUGAGCCAGCGGCAGAGCCUGUGUCUGAGAAAAAGAAGAAAAAGAAAAAGACUGCAGAGUAGAUGGCAAAGACUGGAUUGUUAUAUUUGUGUACAGUUUUAUUUUUACUUAUCCAAACUAGUCUAUGUAAGCCGCUUUAUGUUCUUUUGUUUUUGAGGCUCAGGUCAGAUGGCUUAAGCUUGUAACUGUGCCUUCAGUCCAUUUUACUUUUGUAAAUAAAUGCCGUAUUAAAGUUUGGGGUCAGGCUUUUCUGUGCAUGUCGUUGCCAGUUGAAAAGAGCUUUUUCUCAUUUGGGAGGUUUUGUGGGGUGUUGUGGGGUGUUGGCUGUAGAGGUUGGUGGAGCUGGUGUCAUAGAGCCAGGGUGCUUUACUUUUAAGUCUGUUGACAUCAAAGCCAGUAGGUCUACCAUGUAAUACUGGGGUAUUAGCAUAAGCUUCAAUCAAAAAGUUCAGAAUCUUUAAGAAUCGGAUGCAAAAAUGUUCAGUCGGUUUAAGCUACGGUCUAUUGCUGCCAACAUCUUGUAACACCUGAGUAACAUUUAACUGUACUAUCAUUACUUCCCAAUUUCUGAGCGGAACUUUCCAAGAUAAGGUUACAUUUCCAAUAGGAGGGUGUUACUUUCCCAA